CCAUCUUCGGCAACAAUGGCGUUUAAGGUAUUUGCUCUCCUCAGUUUGGUGGCUCUGGCUCAUGCCGGCGGCCCACACCACUUCCAGACCGCCUCCGGUGCAGUAGGAGUGCUCGAUGGCUCCCUCGGCUCAACCUCUGAGCUCAGCGACCGCAGCUUGGCCGGCAACUCCUACUCCCAGUACAACAGCAAUGUCCAGACCGGUAGCAGCUUCUCUUCCGCCUCCAUCACCCGUGGUUCCAGCGGAGUCAUCGCUGCUGCUCCCGCCGUCGCCCACGUAGCCGCUGCUCCAGCUAUCUCUGUAGCUGCCGCUCCAGCUGUAUCUGUAGCUGCCCCAGCUAUCAGGUACUCUGCUGCUCCAGCUAUCAGCUAUGCUGCUGCCCCAGCCGUCUCCGUCGCUGCUCCAGCUAUCGCUAGAUCUUCCUCCUACCAUGGAUACACCGGUCUUGGUUAUGCUGCUGGUCUUGGAUACGCCGCCGGUGCUGCUCUGAGAUACGCUGCCCCAGCCGUCUCCGUAGCUGCUGCUCCAGCUAUCAGGUACUCCGCUGCUCCAGCUGUCUCCUCCAUCAGCUAUACCUCUGCUGCCCCAGCCGUCUCCGUUGCUGCUCCAGCUGUAUCUGUUGCUGCUCCAGCCUACGCUAGGUCCUCCUCUUACCACGGUAACGGAUACACCGGUAGCUACGCCGCUGGUCUUGGAUACUCCGCCGCUGUCAGGUAUGCUGCUGCUCCAGCUGUUUCCGUCGCUGCUCCCGCUAUCAGGUACUCUGCUGCCCCAGCUGUUUCAUCCAUCAGCUACACAGCUGCUGCCCCAGCCAUUGCUGCCGCCCCAGCCGUCGCUGUCGCUGCUGCCCCAGCCAUCGCCAGGUCUUCCUCCUACCACGGUAACGGAUACACCGGUGCCGCUGUCAGGUACGCUGCUGCUCCAGCCGUCUCUGUAGCUGCCCCAGCUAUCAGGUACUCCGCUGCUCCAGCUGUCUCCUCCAUCAGCUAUACCUCUGCUGCUCCAGCUGUCUCCGUUGCUGCUCCAGCUGUCGCUGUCGCUGCUGCCCCAGCCAUUGCCAGGUCUUCCUCCUACCACGGUAACGGAUACACCGGUGCCGCUGUCAGGUACUCUGCUGCCCCAGCUUUCAGCUACUCCGCUGCCCCAGCUGUUUCCUCCAUCAGCUACACCUCUGCUGCCCCAGCCAUCGCUGCCGCCCCAGCUGUCGCUAUCGCUGCUGCUCCAGCUUAUGCCAGGUCUUCCUCUUACCACGGUAACGGAUACACCGGUGCCGCUGUCGGAUACGCUGCUGCCCCAGCUGUCUCUGUUGCUGCCCCAGCUUACUCUGUUGCCAGGUCUUCCUCCUACCACGGUAACGGAUACACCGGCCUGAGCUACGGUUCCGGUCUUGGAUAUGCCGCUGGUCUGUCCUACGCCGCUCAUGCUCCAGCCCUCAGCGUCGGCUACACCGCCCCCACUGUCAGGAGCUACUCCGCCCCACUUGCCCUCAGGGCUUCCUACGCCGCUGCCCCAGCUUACGCUGCCGGUCUUGGCUAUGCCUCCUACGCCGCUGCCCCAGCCAUCGCUCACACCUCCUUCUCCACCCUUGGUGCUACCUACCAUUAUUAAUUGACUCUUCAGAACUGAUGGAACAUGACAAGUACCUGUUAUUGAUGUGCCACAUAAAAAUAAUUCAAACGUAACUACAACGGACUAUGGACUGUAUAACUGCCUGACUUUAGUAUAAGACUUUGGACUCAUCUGUGAUUGUUAACGUGGUGAAUAAGUAUUUACUGAAUACACCGGCAUGACAAGUGUUUGUUACUUUAAAUUAAAAAAAUAAAUAUAAAAAAAUUAACUUGUGUAUUGUGUUCCUCCUUUUAUCUUCUAUUCUGUUCUGGUGCUACUUAAUAUUAUUUCUCUAUUACUGAGAAAUUCAGAUUUUAAAUUAUUU